GCUCGUUUUGCCGUUCUUUGAAGCAAGGGAGGACGGGGAGCACACUGCAUCUCGACCGCCGCUGCGUUUGCCUGCAUCCUGAUGGCCCCCAGAGCGCCGCUGGAUGCUGUCGUAUAUGUGUCGUCUCCCUCCACCACCCGCAGCGUCAUCACCAACGACCGCCAGGACCGCCAGGACUGCCACGACCGAGAGGGCUGUCUGAUGGUGGUGUCCUGAUACUCGAUCUUCCCUUCUUCCUCUCGUCUAUCUCGCCCCCGUCGUCCCUUUGCGGACUCGAUCUCUGCUGGCACGCCCUCCUCGAUACCGCCCGCAGGCUGUCGAACGCCUAUACCACAAGAGACGAUGAUCUGGCGGCUUCGAGGGUCUCGCGCAUCAGUCCCCGCGAGCCUCGCCAUUCUCUUCCCUCUCCUAGCAGCUCAGCAGCAGUUGCUUCUCUCCCAGGCCGGUGAUGUGCCUCUGGCAGCCUCCUUUCGCGGUGCUCCUGCCGAUGCCGGCCUGCCCAUACCACACUCGAUAUCUGAUCCCAUCCGUCCGCCCGUGAGGUCUGAUGAGAGCGCCCUUGAAACACUGGCUCUGGCGGCCUCUGGCUCCGCCGUUCGAGCACCUCCUGUCCAGAUCAGCAGUCGGAACGACCCGACUCCGCAGCUCCAAGCGCGAUCUAUACAGGACUGGGAAGUGGAGGACUUUGUCCUGUUGGCGACCGUCGAUGGCACAAUUCACGCAAGAGACCGGAAGACUGGUGCUCCCCGCUGGGCGCUGGAGGUGCCCAGCAGCCCCAUGGUAGAGACCGUCUACCACCGAGCAAAUCGCUCGCACUCGGCCAAGGACGCACAGAUCGAAGACGAUUUUCUCUGGAUCGUCGAGCCUAGCCGUGAUGGCAAUCUAUUCAUCUACAACAAGGCCCAGAACGGUGGCCUGCAGCGGCUGGGGUUGACCGUUAAGAUGCUCGUUGAUGAGACCCCUUACUCCGGCGUUGAUCCUCCUGUUACCUACACCGCCAGGAAGGAGACUACCCUCUAUACCGUUGAUGCCAGGACCGGCUCAAUCCUCCACAUGUUCAGUUCCCGCGGACUCGUGGACCCAGACCAGACUUGUCGGCGGCUCAAUGACUUCAAGCCAGCUGGACAUGAGUGCAAGUCCGGCGGUAAGCUUACCCUUGGGCGUGUUGAAUACACGGUCUCCAUUCAGAAUACACACACAGGCCAACCCAUCUGUACGAUCAAGUAUGCGGAGUGGACUCCAAACAACCGUGACGUCGACCUCCAGAGCCAGUACUUCAAAACUAUGGACGAACGUCACAUAUACAGCAUGCACGACGGGGUCAUCUUUGGGUUCGACCACUCGAAGAUAGAUGGCCGCCGUUAUACCCAACGGCUCAGCUCGCCGGUAGCCCGUGUGUUUGACGUUGCUCGUCCCAUGUCUUCCGAUGAGCCUGACACGCCACUGGCUAUCCUUGCGCAGCCUCCAUCCACCAACGACUACGGAUCGGCGGGUCUUGAUAAUAGGGAGUCUCGCGUUUUUAUAAAUUGCACGGAAACAGGUGGCUGGUACGCCAUGUCCGAGCUUACUUACCCGCUUGUCACUGGUCGAGCACGUAUAGCAGAUUGCUACGGUAGGGAUUUCUUGUCUCAGGACAGACCAAUCACCUCUCUUGAUCUCGCACAACAGAAAGCCGUCCUUGUCGGCGUACAUUCUCUCACUGAGCCAUCAGACCGCUUUCAUCCCAAUAUUCCCAGCAUUUCUGGUCCUCCCGCAGAAUCCUCCAAUGACACUCCCAAGGACAUCUCGCGAGAGCCGGAAAAGCUCCCUGCCCCGGCUGGCCCAGGCAGGAACAGCGUCAUCAUUCGCAAGGGCUGGGACAAUGCAUUAGAUAUAUUCGUCACUCUCGUUCUGCUAUUCAUUGGCACUUUUAUUUAUUACAAUACCCAGAAUAUUCAGGAGCUGAUGAAGCACCGUCUUGACCUGAAGAAUAUUAUAUCUAUACCCGACAAUUCGGUCACAACAAGCUCCAAGACAAUUGAGCAGAAAUCCGCGGAUGAACAGACUGAAUAUCCUACCCUUGUCAUCCAUCCACCACCUGAGCAGGAAGAGCCAAAAGAGACAGAUGAAACGCUCACAGAAUCCAGAGUUGAACCAGCACCAGCCGAUUCAAAGUCCUCCAACCUACUGACUUCAGAGUCAAAUCAAGAAACGCCUUCUAAGGAGUCUCAGACGCCAACUGCGGACGAACCUGCUGAAGCAGAAGAUCCCACUGCAAAGACGCCACGAAAGAAAGCCCGUCGCGGGAGAAGAGGUGGUCAGGCACAUAAGCGUGGCAAGAAGAACACCCAGGAAAGCGCCGAUCCGGAUAACCCUCCCAGCCAAUCUGGGGGAUCCCAGGGUGCUAGGCUCAAUUCGCUGUCUGAUCUACAGCUAGCUCGCACCCCAUCUAACACUGAGGUUAUCGACGCCGACGGAGCCAUUCGCAUUGGCCAGCUGAAAGUAUACACCGACAAGGUAUUGGGACACGGUAGCCAUGGUACAGUUGUCUACAAGGGCAGCUUUGAUGGCAGAAACGUCGCCGUUAAACGUCUGCUAGUCGAAUUUUACGAUAUUGCUGCCCAUGAGGUAGGCCUGCUUCAGGAAAGUGAUGAUCAUAGCAAUGUCAUUCGUUACUUUUGCAGGGAACAAACCGCAGGUUUCCUUUACAUUGCCUUGGAGCUGUGCCCUGCAUCGUUACAGGAUAUUGUUGAGCGACCCCAUAACUUCCCCGAGCUCCUUCAGCACGGUUUAGUCCUACCAGACAUCCUCCGCCAGAUCACGGCUGGUGUUCGCUAUCUCCAUUCACUCAAGAUUGUCCAUCGAGACCUGAAGCCCCAAAAUAUCCUUGUUGCUGCUCAGAAAUCCGCGCGAGGAGUGAACAAUUUACGCCUCCUUAUAUCUGACUUUGGUCUCUGCAAGAAACUCGAAGACAACCAAAGCUCCUUUAGGGCCACAACGGCACAUGCUGCAGGAACAUCUGGCUGGCGUGCCCCUGAGCUGCUUGUCGAUGAGGAUCAAUCUAAUGUCAACCCAGCUUCGUGGGCUAAUAAUGGCACUUUGGACUCCUCUGAGCCGGCUGUGGUUGAUCCGCAGACUAAUCGUAGGGCCACAAGAGCCAUUGAUAUCUUCUCCCUUGGCUGCGUGUUCUAUUAUGUCCUCACUCACGGAUGUCAUCCAUUUGAUAAAGAUGGCAAAUUUAUGCGUGAAGCCAACAUUGUCAAAGGCCAUUACAACCUCGACGAACUCCAACGUCUCGGAAACUACGCUUUCGAGGCAGAAGAUCUGAUCAGUCGCAUGUUAUCUGUAGAUCCGCGUCUAAGGCCUGACGCCACUUCAGUCUUAAUUCACCCCUUUUUCUGGUCCCUGGCUGAACGGCUCAGUUUCCUCUGCGAUGUAUCAGAUCAUUUCGAGUUCGAGCCAAGAGACCCGCCCUCACCAGCUUUGCAAUGCCUUGAAUCCGUUGCUGAAAAUGUCAUGUACCCGGACAUGGAUUUCCUAAAGUUGUUACCCAAGGAAUUCAAAGACAGUCUGGGCAAGCAACGCAAAUAUACCGGCUCGAAGAUGCUUGAUCUACUGCGUGCACUACGGAAUAAGCGUAACCACUAUAACGACAUGUCGGAACAUCUCAAAGCUCAUAUCGGCGGCCUUCCAGAUGGAUACUUGAACUUUUGGACGGUUCGGUUCCCAGGAUUGCUAAUCAACUGCCACUGGGUCAUUAGAAAACUCGGUUUGGUUGACUUAGAGAGAUUCAAACGAUACUUCACUCCGCCAUGA